AAGAGAAUCGUUCGCACGCGGGUCUUUCUGUGUCUGGCUGCUCGUGCUGCUCGUUCUCGUGCUAGUAUUCCCGUUCCCGGUAUUACCACCAGGGCAGCAUGCCUGCCGUGCAGCAGCAGCAGCAGCUAGUUGUCCCAGUCCCAGUUGCCGUCGCAAACGGUCGUGAGUGAGCGUUGUGCGUGCGUGCGGUCGUGUGGAGGAAAUUCCUGACCACCACAGGACCACCGACCAACCUACCUUACCCGUUGAAACCGUGUACCGUGUGGCCGUGCUGUGCAAAGAGACACACGCAUAAACACACACAAAGUUGUUGGAAUUUGCUUGUUGGCGGCUGAAGCAUGGCUGGCUUCGCAACAUCAUCCCAGCAGGCCGCGCAACAACAACAGCAUCAGCAGCACCAGCUGCAUCAGCAACAACAGCAGCAACAGCAUCAGGUGCGCUCCAAGUGGGGCGAUCUAGUGGAUGGUGGUUCCGGAAAUCCCCUCGAAACGGCAACGGAAGUGUCGCAGGGCCUGAAACAUGUGGUCGGCUGGCUCAAACAGGCAUCGGUAGAGGUCCGAGAAGCGGGCAAACGGGCGGUCUCGCAGCUUCAGAGCAACACACCGAACCUGCUGCACCUGCACACCACCACGCUCAUCCGGCACCAUCACGUGCAUGAUCGGGAUACCGUCGGUGGAGUGGGAACCAGUAGCAGCACUAGAGGAGGUAGCAGCGGCAGCAGUAACACCAUGGCAACCGGCGAGGAUCAACUGACGCUGAUCCACUAUAACGAUGUGUACAACAUCGAUGCCAACAGCAAAACGGAACCGAUCGGUGGAGCGGCUCGGUUCUGCACCGCGGUCAAAUCGUUCGCCUCCCUCAACCCGCUCGUGCUGUUCAGCGGUGACGCGUUCUCGCCGAGCAUGCUCAGCACUUUCACCAAGGGCGAACAGAUGGUACCGGUACUGAACGCAAUUGGGACGCACUGUGCCGUGUUUGGGAAUCAUGAUUUCGAUCACGGAUUGGACAUACUGACGGAUUGGGUAGAGAAAACGAAUUUUCCCUGGUUGAUGUCUAACGUGGUCGACAAUGAAACUGGCCGGCCACUCGGUGGAGGCAAGAUUACCCACAUUUUGCACCACGGUAACGUGAAGGUGGGCCUGAUCGGGCUGGUAGAGAAGGAGUGGCUCGAUACGCUACCGACGAUCGAUCCGAACGAGGUGACGUACAUUGACUUCAUUAAAGCCGGCAACCAGCUGGCCGAUGAGCUACACAAUCAGGGUUGUGAUGUGAUUAUAGCUUUAACGCAUAUGCGGACACCGAACGAUAUUGAGCUGGCGAAGCACAGCGGCCACAUUGAUCUCAUCCUAGGCGGGCAUGAUCACGUGUACGAGAUAUUAAACAUUGAAGAUACUCACGUCAUCAAGUCGGGUACGGACUUUCGGCAGUUCUCGAAGAUUGGCGUUUGUUUGGCGCGCAACGAGAACGGCAAGCUCAACAUCAACGUGGAGAAGGUGGACAUUCAUUCGGGCAAGUACAGCGAAGAUGCGGCGCUGAAGGAGGAGCUGCGCAAGUACUCGGAAACGAUCGAGUCGAAGAUGGACGAGGUGCUGGGUACGUUCGCGGUGGAGUUGGACGGUCGCUUCUCGGCGAUCCGUACCUCCGAGACGAACCUCGGUAACUGGAUCUGCGAUGUGGCGCUCGCAGCGACCGGCGCUGACUGUGUGAUGAUCAACUCCGGCACGUUCCGAUCGGAUCAGAUCCAUCCGGCUGGUCCGUUCACGAUGCGUGAUCUGGUGAACAUCAUUCCGAUGCAGGAUCCACUGAUUGUGCUCGAGGUGACGGGCAAUACGUUGCACGAGGCGCUCGAGAACUCGGUCUCCACCUAUCCGAAGCUCGAAGGUCGGUUCCCGCAGAUUGCCGGUAUGUCGUUUGCGUUCGAUCCGUCGAAACCACCGGGCAGGAGAGUGGAACCGAAGCUAGUGCGCGUCGGUGACGAGUGGUUGAACCUGGAGCAGAAGUAUACGCUGUGCAUCAAGAGCUACAUCUAUGGUGGGUGCGAUGGGUACACGAUGUUCAAGGGUUGCCGGGUGCUGAUGGAUGACGAUGCGGCGCCGGAGCUCGGGCUAGCGAUCCAGAACCACUUCAAGGCGAUCGAUGUGCGGAUGGGCAAGGCACACCAUACGAAGCACCGCCAAUCGCUGGUUACGCUGUCGCGCCGGCACAGCAUGGUGCAGAUGCUGGAGAACCUCGAGCUCGACGGUCCGACACCGAUCCGCCGCAAGUCUUCCGUGACGCCACCGAAGAUGGAGCACAUUAGCAACAAUCGGGGAAAGCUUCUCCGGCGUGCUUCGUUGGAUGAUUUGGAGCAGAACAGCUGCCAGCUGGCGCCUGCCAUCCAGCAUCGUAUUAUCGUGGUGCAGAAUGAGGAUCACAUCCGUGAGAUGGUUCUGCGCCGGGAAACGAUCGAGAAGAACUCCGUCAUCAAGGAAACGGAUGAACUAACGCCAUAAGAAGGGCGGUUGAUGCCCUGGUGUGUGUAUAUAGCGAUGCCGGUCCGAUUAUUUCCCCAGCACGCGCACGAUGUCCCGAUGCCCGUCGUCCACCGUCGACGUGGAUUGAUCGAAUUAGUUAACACAUCUAUGUAACAGGGAUGCUGUAACCCUGCUGUUUGUUGUGCUUUGAAACCUGCUGCCUGCCGACGACAGAGAUUUUGUAAUGUUAAGGAGUUUUUGAGUUUGGUUUCGUUUUUUUUUUCUUCAAAAAGCUCGUUUCCGUUUUCCGUUUAAUUUUACAUGAUGUUCCCUCAACCAAACCAGAUGCAAAGACUAGAAGAUAAGAGUUGAUAUUAGAGGCGCAAUAGUGCUCUAGUGAGCAGUAUCGAAUCCGUCUUGAUCCGUGGGUGGAGCCAACAGACUAUAAAGGUUAACAACACACCGAGAGGCAUUGAUAUACUUCAGCAGUCAGCCAGGUGCGGACGAUAGCUUUAAACUGUGUUUAAUGUUGAAUUUAUGUUGGUUUUAACUCUGAAGCGCUGCCUGGCAGCACGAAGGAGGGAGGAAGAGGAAUGGAAUGUGUAAAGGAUGAGGAUGGGUGGUGCAGCACCUGUUGAUGCUUCAGCUGUUGGCGAUUAGGUAGUUAACAAAAGGAUCCUGUAGUUUUGCGUUCUGUUACGUUCUGUUGAACCAAGCUGUUAGACUGUGUACGCUCGCCACGCAACAGCGUGAAAGGCAGCUGCGCUAGAUUUAGGGACGCCCUGCCCCUCCCGGGUUAUCGAGGGAGGAGCGGUGUCGUCGAUAACUGUUUGAUGGCAGAUACAUAUACUCUAUAGGCGAGAAGCGAUAUUUUAACGAUGCACUAUACAUUUACGCCAACCACAAGCA